CUUGUGUGUUGCAGAUGAGCAUUUGACCGGCAUUUACGGGUAGAUGAACUGCACUGGACCUUCGCAGAACAUAAAGACGCACAGUGCGUGCCUACAGUUGGGAGAAGAAUGUCAGAUCUGCAUGCUGCCUGUUUACGUGGGGACGUUGAGAACGUGUUAGAACUUCUGCGAGGUGAAGCGAAAACAUCGCGCGUGAACGUACGCAUGGAGACGCCUCUCCACGUCGCCUGCGCACUUUCGCCGGACAGGACGGAAGAGAAGAUGGAGAUUGUGAAACAGCUGCUGCUGCAUGACGCGCCCCUGCAAGAGGAGGAUGAGCGCGGGCGAACGCCUCUCAUGCUCGCCUGCGAAACAGCCAGCGCUGAUGUUGCAGCCGCGCUGCUAGACAAUGGAGCGGACCUCCGCGCGCGUUACCGUAGCGACGGAACGAUGUUGCAUGCAGCCGUGGCCGGCGGGAACGCGCGGGUCCUGUCGCCGGCUUGCUCUGGACAGCUGGUCAUCAUUCGCCUGCUACUGGAGGCCGGCGCCGACCCCAACGUCGCCGAGACAAAGAGCGGAGUGACGCCGCUGAUGAUGCGGAUGCUGCUCUCACACGGCGCCGACGCCAACGCCGCGGACUCGUACGGACAGACCUCCCUGUACCACGCGGCUAGCUUUGGCCAGCUGGACAUAAUGCGCCUGCAACUGGAGGCCGGCGCAGACCCCAACGUCGCCGAGACAAAAAGUGGGAAGACGCCGCUGAUGAUGGCGGUGAGGAACGGCAAGGUGGCGAUGGCUGGCUGGACAUCAUUAACAUACUAUAUGCGGCCGGCGCCGACCCCAAAAUCGCCGAUACGGAGAGUGGAGCGACGCUGCUGA